GUGAGGCAGGCGCCAUUUUGUGGCGGCUGUAGGACUAGAAGCAAGAAGAGGAGGUGCCGCCGCCGCUGCCGCCACCACUGUUACCGCCUUCCCUCACCCGCCUUCCAGCCCGUUCCCUCCUCUCCGUUUUCUCUUCAUUUUAAUUUUCUUUUUAAAACCCUUUUUAAUCCCCCUUUCUUCCCCCUCCUCCCUUUCGGGCUCCUUCCAGCCCUGCUCCUCCUUUUCUCUCCUCACACUCGCCCACCAACAACCGCAGCCAUUGCCGACCUUGCCAUGUCUGGUGGCGGCGUGAUCCGCGGCCCCGCCGGGAACAACGACUGCCGCAUCUACGUGGGCAACCUGCCGCCGGACAUCCGCACCAAGGACAUCGAGGACGUCUUCUACAAGUACGGAGCCAUCCGGGACAUCGACCUCAAGAACCGCCGCGGGGGGCCGCCGUUCGCCUUCGUCGAGUUCGAGGACCCCAGGGACGCAGAGGAUGCAGUGUAUGGACGGGAUGGAUAUGAUUAUGAUGGGUACCGUCUACGUGUGGAGUUUCCUCGAAGUGGUCGGGGCACUGGCAGGGGAGGCGGCGGCGGUGGAGGUGGUGGUGCCCCAAGGGGCAGAUAUGGGCCCCCAUCCAGGCGCUCAGAGUACAGAGUGAUAGUAUCAGGACUGCCUCCCAGUGGAAGCUGGCAGGAUUUAAAGGAUCACAUGCGUGAAGCAGGUGAUGUAUGUUAUGCUGAUGUUUUCCGAGAUGGAACUGGUGUCGUGGAGUUUGUACGGAAAGAAGAUAUGACCUACGCAGUGCGAAAACUGGAUAACACUAAGUUUAGAUCUCAUGAGGGAGAAACUGCCUACAUCCGUGUUAAAGUUGAUGGCCCAAGAAGUCCAAGUUACGGAAGAUCUCGUUCUCGCAGCCGUAGUCGUAGCAGAAGCCGUAGCCGAAGCAACAGCAGAAGUCGCAGUUAUUCCCCGAGAAGAAGCAGAGGAUCUCCACGCUACUCUCCCCGCCACAGCAGAUCACGUUCCCGUACAUAAAUGAUCUUUAAUGGUGCUCCUUUUUGUAGAACCCCUCCAUGUUGUAUGCAGUUUUCCUUUACUCCGUACAGUCUUUUUUUAAAGAAAAAAGUAAUUCAAGCUGUUUUACUCAAAAUUGGCUAAAAGUGUUGAAUUGCAUUCUUGUAUAAUAUCCCUAGUGAGUAUUUGCUCCUUAACAUCAACAUUCCCUCACGUCUUUCAUAAAUUGUAUUUUAACAUGUCCUAGGCAGGGUUCUCUCUAGUUAGUUUGCUUACCCACACUCUUCCAACUGUGGUAUCGCUGUAUAAAAUGUCUUUGUUCAGCUAUGGGUUCUACAAGCUGGGGAUGUUGCGGGGGGGUUGGGUGUUUAACUUGUCUCUUCUGGGGGAGCUUACAUUUUUAUCUUGCCUUUUCAUGUGUCUUUCUGUAGACAUAUCUGAAGAGAUGGAUUAAGAAUGCUUUGGAUUAAAGGAUUGUGGAGCACAUGUCAAUCAUUUUAGGAUUGUCAAAAGGAGGAUUGAGGAGGAUCAGAUCAAUAAUGGAGGCAAUGGUAUGACUCCAAGUGCUAUUGUCACAGAUUAAAUUGGCAGUAUUGACCUUAUACUGAGAGAUGAUCUUAAUACACACAACCCUCUCUAUUGUUUUAGAUAGCUUUAGUCUUCUAACCACCAUGAUGGCAAUUGUGGCUAGAUGUACCUGUAUGACUCUUCCAGUCCUGGGGGUGGGGUAAUACCGAGUGACUGCAGUGAAUCAGUUGAUUACAGGCGCUACCCAAAAAAUGCAGGUUGUUUCAAACCUGCGAGUAUAAUCUCAAUACUGCUAAAAUCUGCAUGUCCUCUGUGUGGCUGAUAUAGCAAUGCUGUUUCACCUUCUUAAAAGUAAUGGAAUGAAAGCAGUUAUAGUAGCCGGCGGGUGGUGGGGAUGACACCUUUGGGGAUUCCUUUUUAAGCCCCCCCCCCCUUUCAGAACUGACUCACUGAUACUUCAGUUAACUUUGUUACCAUCCAGGCUGAGUACAACGAGCCUUUAGUUUAGACAUGCAGUAGGUGGAUAGCUUUAGCAGCAAGUUUUUGCUACUUCGUAAAACUUUUUUGGAACCACAAAACCUGUAAUUUGCCAUAUAGGAAUUGAUAGAUUGGCAUUAUCAGUUAUCCUGUGUAAAUACUAGAAUGUUUCCUCCAGAUGAUUAACAUUGCUAAAAUCUGAGCUUCACAACUCAAAAGCUUGUUUUGGGGAAUUGAUAGUUAUCGAUGCCUAUCUUUAUUAUUCAACGGCAGACAUAACUCAUCAUUCCCCAGAAUCCUAUUUUUCAUUACGGUAUCUAACUUUUUGCCUCCUCUUUUUUGGUUUUGCUGGUUAUAAAGGUUUGGAUUGGAGAGGGCUCACUGGAUCCCAAUCCUUGGAGCUGGAUCAUUGGAUUCAAAUCAUAAUGUGGAUAGGAUAGGGAGGAUCAAUUGCAAGGAUUCAUGGAGCGGGAUCAGAUUACCAGGAACAUAGGAGUGGAUUCCUGCCCCAACCAAACCGCACUCGUGUGGAUUUUUAUUCAACUCAAUUGGCUAUUCCAAAGAUUUUUUUCCUAUUUUUGACGAUUGGAGCCCUUAAGAUGCACGAUGGAGUUGUCAUUUUUUGGUAAAAGGAGCAAAGCAAGGACCUGGAGAGGUACGCUGGAGCAUUCUCCUUGGAAGGAUUCAGCACGAGUAGAUGGUAAAUGUUAAAGGGGAAAAGGGGGGUUUUGUUUAAAAACGUUAAACCAAUAAGUCAUUUAUCUAAAUUUAAAGACACAAAAGAAAUUGGAGUCUUAAGAUUAAGUAGGUUUUCAAUUGGCUAUUGCCUUUUUUCUUUUGACAAAUAAAAUUUUAUAAAAAAGUG